GUAAAGAUGGGGAGAUAUUUAGACACACUUGUCAUGGGGAGAGUUGUGGGAGAUGUUAUUGACGGUUUUGUCCCAAGCGUGAAAAUGAAUGUGAUUUACAACUCAAACAAACAAGUCUCUAAUGGCCAUGAGUUCAUGCCUUCUUCCAUUGUUUCCAUGCCUCGUGUCACUAUCGGCGGCAUGGAUUUGAGGUCCGCCUAUACUCUGAUAAUGACUGAUCCGGAUGCCCCAAGCCCUAGUGAUCCAUAUCUAAGGGAACAUCUCCACUGGAUUGUGACAGAUAUACCAGGAACAACCGAUGUUACUUUCGGAAAAGAAAUAGUGGGUUAUGAAGCGCCAAGGCCAGUGAUUGGAAUCCAUAGAUACGUAUUCAUAUUGUUUCAGCAAAUGAGAGGGAGGAAUACAGUUAGGUCUCCAUCUUCGAGGGACCAAUUUUGUACUAGGGAUUUUGCAGAGGACAAUGGCUUAGGAUUGCCUGUUGCUGCUCUUUAUUUCAAUGCUCAGAGAGAAACUGCUGCUAGGAGAAGAUGAUGAUGAUCUUUUUCAAAUAAUUUAUAUAUAUAUU